UUCCCGCUCCUUCUCCCCGCUCCUCUUCCGUUGACGCGCGCCCGCCAUGUUGCUCCGCCGCUAGCUCCGUCGCUUACGGCCGUUGUCUCACAACAUAUGUAUAUGCACUUGAAACUAUGGCCGACAAGCUGAUCGGAGAAGAUGCUGGAAUAAGACUCGUUGUGAUGCAGUAAGCUUUGCUGCGACUUAGCUCCGUUCUCUCUGGCGCAGACGUGUGGAUAAAUUUAGCCGUUGUUGAAGUUAUAGCCAUGCCUUUGCUCGUCCACACACAACAGAUUUGYCAAAUAUGAUGGAAGAACAUAAGUUUUCUGUCAGAAUCAGGCGCCCCCAUUCUAAUUCCUCAGGUAGGCUAGGAGCUAUUUCACCCCUAUUACAAUGUCCAGUCAAAGAACUUUGCAAACGCGCCCACACGGCAAUCUCUGAACAAGCACAACUAGAUGGAAGUAAUGUUCGUGCAACUACUACUUUCGGCCUUCGGCACAAAAGAAGAGCAGUGCUCAAGGAUGUUACUAACAUGUCCUGUGAGAGCAAUAAUCUGGAUUGCUUACAUGCUUCUGAAGUUCAGAUGCAAGAGGUUGCACAGACCGAAUCAGUUGAAGGUUCAACCAUUACAAGGAUGGCAGAGUCACAAGGUAAAAAAGAGACAGCACAAGAAAACAAGUUUCACAGUGGCAUAGGAAGCUCAAAUUUUGCAUUCCCCGUGCUUUCAGGAUCAAAAGACCAUCAAAUCAAAGAUAAGGCUAGGAAUUGUGAGAAUUUGUCAGUCUCAAAUCACCUUGGUACAUUGGAUGGUGUUUCAAACUCAGAAGAUCCUCAAGCAUGCACCCUAUAUGCCCAUGAUAUAUAUGAUACUAUUCGUGUAAUAGAGCUUGAUCAAAGGCCAUCCACUAACUAUAUGGAAGAGUUACAGAAAUAUAUCACUCCAAUCAUGCGAGGGAUACUAAUUGAUUGGCUGGUGGAGGUCUCCGAAGAAUAUAAACUGGUCUCUGACACACUUUACCUCACUGUGAAUCUCAUUGAUCGGUUUCUCUCUCGAAGUUUCAUUGAAAGACAUAGAUUACAGCUUCUUGGUGUUACUUGCAUGUUAAUCGCCACUAAAUAUGAAGAAGUCUGUGCACCGUUUGUGGAAGAGUUUUGCUUCAUCACUGACAACACCUAUACAAGAGGAGAGGUACUAAAAAUGGAGGGUGAAGUUCUGAACUUGCUCAACUUUCAGCUUUCUGUUCCCACUACAAAAACAUUUCUCAGACAGCAUCUUCGCAGGAGAUUCGUGCAGGUGGCACAGGCUUCUUGCAAGGAACCUUGCGUCGAAUUCCAGCAUUUAACGGAUUAUCUAGCAGAGUUGACUCUUCUUGAGUACAGCUUCCUCAGGUUCCUGCCUUCAGCAGUAGCUGCUUCUGUCGUGUUCUUAGCCAGAUGGAUUCUGAAUCAACCAAAUCACCCAUGGAACCAGACGCUGGAGCAUUAUACCAAUUACAGUGCCUCCGAGCUAAAAACUCCAGUUCUUGCCUUAGAAGAUCUACAAUUGAACUCCACAAGUUGCCCCUUAAACGCCGUAUUCCAGAAGUAUAGACAACAGAAGUUUGGGAAUGUGGCGACUUUAACCUCCACAAAAUCAGUUCUCUCAGUUUUGCAAAACCAGACAGGUUGUGGCGCUUCUGCUUCCAGAUGUGGGGUUGAAUUUUAAAGCAACAGGCUAAAUUUAUAACAGGAAACUGACUCUUCCAACUGUUUGGUUCACAUCAAACAACUCAGUGAACCGAUGCCUCGACAGGCAAACAUCAUAUGAUUAUUAAAAGACAAUCCUGUCCUGUCCACUUUUUUUGUGACCAGAAAAAAAAUUUAAUUAUCAA